AUGAGUUCUUUGAUAGCUCAUGAAGACAGGAUGAACAGGUGUUGUGAGAAAGUCGAUGAAAAGGCGUUUCAAGCAACUGGGGAUCAGAAUAAACGAAGUGCAGAAAGUUCACGUGGUCGUGGACGAGGAAGAGGUGGAUUUCGUGGUCGUGGCAGAGGAAGAGUUCAGUUUGGUGAUCAACGCCAACAGAAAAACAUCCCUCGAUGUCAACAUUGCAACAAACUUGGCCAUAGAGAAGCUAGUUGUUGGAACAAGCAAAGAGAAGAACAGAACCCCCAAUGUCGAUAUUGCAACAAACUUGGCCACAGAGAAGUUGAUUGUUGGACCAAGAAACGAGAAGAACAAAAUCAUGCAAACUUUUUAGAAAAAAUUGAAGAGGAAAGCAAGCUAUUCAUGGCACAUUCUUCCACAGUUGAUACAUCUAAUGGUGUGUGGUUUGUGGACAGCGGAUGUUCAAACCAUAUGACAGGAACAAAGUCUUUGUUUAAAGAUCUUGAUGAGACUCAAAAGGGUGUAGUUCAUUUUGGAGACGACAAUGCAUUGCAAAUUCAAGGUCAAGGUACAGUCUCCAUCAAAACCACUCAAGAACAAUGGAGUUGGAAGAAUACAGAAACAUCGGCCUCACAAGAAUCUGUUCCUAUUACCUUUGAGGUCAAUAACUUCACAGAUCCAGAAACGAGCAAUUCUCAAAAUGGAGAUAAUGUUACACCACCUUCAACUCCACCUUCUUCACCAUCGGGAUCUUCUUCACCUUCAAGCUCUUCAUCUGAAAGUCCUCCAAAAAAGUUUCGAUCACUGGAGGAUAUCUAUGCUUCAUGUAGCUUUGCAUUAUAUGCAUCUGAUCCUGAUCCUAUCUCUUAUGAUGAUGCAGCAGAGAAACAGAUUGGGAUGAAGGAGUUCUCUACCGGAUUCUUCCAGGCUAUUUCGCCCCUAGGAGGAGUUGUCAAUAACAAAUUGAAUGCUGUUGAUGCAUGGUCAGAGAAACUAUAUGCACCUGAGGAAUACGUUGAAGCAUUAGCAAGUGGAAGAGUUGAAGCAAUCAUCGCUGAGAUCCUUUACAUCAAAUUAUUUCUUGCAAUGUAUCCUGAUUCUGAUAUAUCAUUGAUCGCAACAGCACCCACCACCAAUGGUUUUGGCUUUGCGUUCCAAAAAGGUUCACCUUUGGCCAGAGAGAUGUCCACUCAAAUAGCAAAAAUGCGCGAAGACGGGACACUGAAAGCAUUAGAAGAUAAAUGGUUGAAACGUGAAUCUAUAUUCAUGUCAAAGGAUUUUUCUUCCCCUUCAUCAAUAAUCUUGAAUUUUUAUGGGCUUCGAGGUCUCUUUUUUAUCAGUGGUGUGUCCAUGGCAUUGGCCCUUUUGGUUUCCAUGAUUGACCUUGUUCGUGAAAAAUGGCAUAUCAAAGAUAAGAUUAAGAUGGUGAGGUGCGUCUUACAUAGAUCUUCAUAAAUACAUGCACAUAAUAGUGAUGUGGAAUCAAC